GCAUCUCUUUACCUAUCAACAAAAUGUCCACCGCCGAGCUCGCUUCCUCCUACGCUGCCCUCAUCCUGGCCGAUGACGGUAUUGAGAUCACCACCCUCAUCUCUGCCGCCAAGAUCGAGGUUGAGCCCAUCUGGACUCAGCUCUUCGCCAAGGUACGAUCCCACUGCCCUCGAAAUCUUGCAAUCAAGCGCCCACAUUGCGCUGAAGAAGCAACCCGCAACAACGCAAAAAAGAACUUUUGUCUGACAAGUCGCGUGUCUACANNGGCUCUUGAGGGCAAGGAUGUUAAGGAGCUCCUCCUGAACGUCGGCUCUGGCUCUGGUGCCGCCGCCGCCCCCGCUGCUGGUGGUGCUGCCGCCGGUGGUGCCGCCGACGAGGCCGCCCCCGCCGAGGAGAAGGCUGAGGAGAAGGAGGAGUCCGACGACGACAUGGGCUUCGGUCUCUUCGAC